AUGGCGGCCGCCAGCGGCUAUACGGACCUGCGGGAGAAGCUCAAGUCCAUGACGUCCCGGGACAACUACAAGGCAGGCAGCCGGGAGGCCGCCGCGGCCGCCGCCGCCGCUGUGGCCGCCGCCGCGGCGGCCGCGGCCGCCGCCGAGCCUUACCCGGUGUCCGGGACCACCAAACGGAAGUACCAGGAGGACUCGGACCCCGAACGCAGCGACUACGAGGAGCAGCAAUUGCAGAAGGAGGAGGAGGCGCGCAAGGUGAAGAGCGGCAUCCGGCAGAUCCGUCUCUUCAGCCAGGAUGAGUGCUCCAAGAUCGAGGCCCGCAUCGACGAGGUGGUGUCCCGCGCCGAGAAGGGCCUGUACAACGAGCACACGGUGGACCGGGCCCCCUUGCGCAACAAGUACUUCUUCGGCGAGGGCUACACGUACGGCGCCCAACUGCAAAAGCGCGGGCCGGGCCAGGAGCGCCUCUACCCGCCGGGCGACGUCGAUGAGAUCCCGGAAUGGGUGCAUCAGCUGGUGAUCCAGAAGCUGGUGGAGCACCGCGUCAUCCCCGAGGGCUUCGUCAACAGCGCAGUCAUCAACGACUACCAACCCGGCGGCUGCAUCGUAUCUCACGUAGACCCCAUCCACAUCUUCGAGCGCCCGAUCGUGUCCGUGUCUUUCUUUAGCGACUCGGCACUUUGCUUCGGCUGCAAGUUCCAGUUCAAGCCCAUCCGGGUGUCGGAACCUGUGCUUUCUCUGCCGGUGCGCAGGGGGAGCGUGACUGUGCUCAGUGGGUAUGCUGCUGAUGAAAUCACUCACUGCAUACGGCCUCAGGACAUUAAGGAACGAAGGGCGGUCAUCAUUCUCAGGAAGACAAGAUUAGAUGCACCGCGAUUGGAGACAAAAUCCCUGAGUAGCUCCACGUUGCCACCCAGCUAUGCUUCAGAUCGCCUGUCAGGAAACAACAGAGACCCUGCGCCGAAACCCAAAAGGUCCCACCGAAAGGCGGACCCUGAUGCUGCCCACAGGCCCCGGAUCCUGGAGAUGGACAAAGAGGAAAACCGGCGCUCUGUGCUUCUGCCCACACACCGGCGGAGGGGAAGCUUUAGUUCUGAGAACUAUUGGCGCAAAUCCUACGAGUCCUCAGAAGAUUGCCCAGAAGCAGCCGGCAGCCCCACCCGCAAGGUGAAGAUGCGGAGACACUGAGGCUGUGUGCCCUCCUGGGACUCUGGCUAAUCCUGAUGUAGCUGCCCCAUCUUCUGUUUCAUUUGAGUGUUUUUCUUUGUUUGUUUGUUAUUUUGGUCCUAUAUACGUUUUCCUUGCUUCGUUGCCCAUUAAGGCUAAAGAACAGAAUUGGCAAAAGACCUGGGUUCUUAGGUUCUUGGCUUUCCUCUUUGAUGAAAAAGGCUGUUAGCUUCUGUAGGGGAACACUCUUACCAGAGUAGCCAGUAGAGACAGUGGGAACAACUGUCUUCAAGUGGAACUCUGUCAGGCUAAGGUUAUUUAAACACACAAAAUGUUUUGGUUAAGGAAUUCUUGUUUGGGCUUUAAAUGUAAAUCUUUGCAGUGUUUUAAACAAAGUCUAUUCUUUUGCCAGCCCUUUUUCCAUUUAUGCUCAUGCUUGGAUGAGGUCCCUUGGAGCCAUACAGGCCCUGCAUUGGGCCUGCUGCACCUACAUCUCACGUGCUGUCCAGGCUCUGGAAGCUCAUGCAAAUACCCCAUUUCCCACUAUUCAGGUUGGCUGGGUGUGGGUCUUAAACAGUGCCAGCCCCUGCCGACCCGUAUCAAGAGUCCCCAGGCUUAGUGCAUGCCUUCUGGCUUGCUCUGCCCACCAAUCCUGGGUGGUCAAGGGACUUAGCACAGUGGUCCUGACCUCUUUUGCCAAGAGCAUGCCUGUUUGCUGGGUUGCUCCUUUUAGGCCUAUGUGUGUGAUUGUAUGAACAGUUAGACUUGCUGCCGUGGGUCAUGUGUAGGAAUUGUUUCUAGCUAGAGGAACUGAUUUGCUUCCAGUCUUGCAUUUGGGUUAUGGGAACUUGGGGUGUGUGGUAGGGCUUUGUGGGGGUUUUUUUUGUUUUGUUUUGUUUUUGUUUUGUUUUGUUUUGUUCUGAGGUGUUUCUCUCCCUUUAGUCUCCUUUUCCUUUCUCCUCAGUUGGCCAUCUUGGACCUCUUUUCCCAUAUCAUCUCUAUAUGUAGGUCCAUCAAUAGCAUACAUCCAAGGCUAGAAGUCAGACCUGCAUGUUGGGUUGGUACUUUCUCUGCCUCAGGGGUCUGGGUGCUGGGGAAGGAACUUCUAAAAAUAAUAGAAAAAAAUAGAACGGUGAAGUCUGCCUGCUUUGAUCCUGGAAGGCUGUUGGGCUUUGCUGACCAGGUUCAUUAGGAAUGACUUUGGCAGCCAGGCCCGCACUGGGCCUGCCCUAAACAGAGGCCUUCUGAGGAGCCAUGCCUCCACCACUCCAGAGGUGCACAGAGGCCUGCCCCUCGGGCCUCAGUGGCUAUAAAGAUGUGGGAGCAGCCAACCAUCAGGAAGUCCCUCUUUGGGGUCAGAAAUCCUUUACCAGUGUAGAUUCCUCAAGCUGAGACUGCAUAACUAAAGCAGUUGCAGGUCUUCUGUGGUUUUGGGGUUUUUGUUUUUUUCUUUUCCUUUUCUUUUCUUUUUUUUUUUUUUUUAAUGCUCUUUUUCCAAAAAUGAUUUGUAGUUGUGUGUGCAGCACUUUGCUCUAAUUUGUGUGUGCUCUACAAUAAAAACCAAAUCUAAUAUAUUUUGAAACAGUUGUCUGAUGAUGUGGUAAGAGAAAGCCUGACCUUGUUUGUCCCUUAAUCUAUUUUCUUAACCUUCCAACUGGAUUUGGAGAAAUCAGAUUUAUCCAGUGCUCUGAAGACAAUAGUCACUACACCUCUUGAUUGAUGGCUAAAGGUGGACUUGCCCUUGCCCACUGCCCUCUCCCUUUCAAGGAGGAUGGCCUUCAAUAAACUAUAGUGACCCUGGACACACCUCGUUGAACCCUAGAAGCUACAUCCUCUUCCUGGCCUGGUAGAAAGGCAGCAGGCCAGUGCAAAUGCCACAAAUGGAGCUGGGCAAGGACAAGGAACUCUGGUAGAGGACAGCCCUUCUUCACUCCAUAGCCAGGUUCUUGAGCUACUGCUCCUGCCGCCCUCUGGAUAGAACAUUGACAGAGCAGAUGGGAUAGGGUGAAGCUGGGACUCAGUGGGCUUCAGUUCACUGGGGUCCCUAAUGUGGAUCCUAGAGUAUUGCCAACUGUUUCUAUCUCCCCAGCUCUGCUCCAUGAUCUGAACCAGUUUGGUCAAAUUGCCACUGUGGAAUUUGGUCCAGCUAUUUCAUUAUUCAUAGAAUGACUGGCCAGUACAGUUUGAAAAGCAGUGCUAGGACAGAAAGGACCAGGGCCUCUGUGUGAUAUGUGCAGUGGACUGGAGUGACAUUGGAACUGAAAGAAAAGUACCAAAUGUUGUCCCAACCAUGAUGUGAUCCCACUCCAUGCUUGCAUGCCUUGCCCUAGGGACAAGGGUGGUUCAGGCUUGACCCCUGUGAUCUACCUGUAUAGUGUCCCCAUCCGUAUGAAGUAAUAGCCUUCGUUUCUUACACCUGACUCCCGUUCCAGCCAUGGCACUGGGCCAAAAGCUUUGUUCCAUCAGCCCCACCCACCUUCAGGAGCUCAUCCCAUUCCUCUAACCCUGUUGUGUGGAGGAAGAAACAGGUCUACAGAGUUCAGAAAAAUAAGAGUAUCCUAUAGGCCAGGCCCAGGAUGGGCGAGAGAUUGUGUAUGACAUGCUUAGGUGCACAUAAGGUAUUGUAUGAUGUAUAGAGAGGAAAGCAGUGGAGCCCAUUGACUAUAAGUAACAUGUACAGUGUGCUUGUAAGCCUAUAGCUAGUUGUUGUCCACAAAACACGGAUUGGCUUUUUGUUGAAAUACGGGAUUCAUCAUCUAUCUGUGGUUGUAGUUCAAACACCAUGUGAGAGAGAUGCUUGUUGUCCGUGUGUCUUAGCUUUUUCUAAGGCUGCCAAAACAUUGCCACAAACUUGAGAGCUUAAAAAGAUCUUGUCUCAAAAGGCAAAGCAGCCAGACAUGGUGCUUGUCUGUAAUCCUAACAGAAGCCAUAGAGGACUGUUGCAUGUAAGGUCAGCCUGGUCUACAUAGGGAGCUUGAGGGCAAUGAGAACCUGUCUCAAAACAGAUCCGUAAACUAUUUUAUGCUCCUGCCGAGGCUCUGGUGGGAGUCCCAGCCUCGCCUCUUGUAAGCUUGGUGUGGCUCUAACCACUCUAGUUGCAAGUACGAUAGAUUCUUAGUCACAUGGCCUCUUUUGUAUACUACAUUUUUCUCAGUGCCUCUCUGCCCCCUCCACCGUGUGUGUGUGUGUGUAGAAAAGGUCUCACUCUCGCCAAGGCUAGCCUUGAACUGGCAAUUUUGCCACUGCAUCCAACCUUUUCUGUCCCUGUCUUAAGUGGGCAUUUGUAAUUGGAUAUAGGAACACCCACGUAAUCCACAGCGUCCUAGCCCCACUUCCUUUUUUGGUAGUGCCAGGGACGGAACCCAGUGCCUGUCCAGUGUUAGGCAAAGACUACCACUGAUCCACAUCCUAACCUCCACUCCUUGCAAAAGUAAAGUAUAUGCCUUCCAGAAGCUAGAACCUGAGAGCCUUGGGGGCCGCUGGGCAGCUUACCACGCUGCUCUUUCCUUCAAAAAUUAUUACUAAAUCUGUGACCUUUUGAUUCCUCUAAGAAAUUGUAUUAAUUGGAUUGAAAUUUCUCAGCACUAUUUUAUAAUUUAAUCUGGAUGAUAAUAUUUACUUCAUUACUUGCUUGCAUUUUUUUUUCUUUAGUGCUGGGGAUCAGAUCCAGGGCCUUGCGCAUUCUAGGCCUUGCAAAUGUUAGCUUUGCCCCCAGCAGCUCAUUGCUUUCUGUAAGUUUAAACUUAACGCUGUCCAACCUGGAACCACUGGACUCUGGCUUUUGAGCACUUGAAAUGUGGCUAGUUUCUAUUGAGAUAUGCUUUAUACACACCAGAAUUUGAAGUUAGUAUGAAAAAAAAGAAUGUAAAAUAAAUAAUUGAUAACUUUAUAUUGAUUACAUGUUGAAAUACUAUUUUGGACAUACUGAGUUAAAUAAAAUACAUUAUUUAAAUUAA